AUGGAGACAGAGCAGACACAGACCGACGCGCCUGGCAAGCAGCAGCAGGUCAGCGACUUGAGUAUGAAGGAGGCAUACUUUGCCAGCCUUUCGCAGUGGGCGGAGCAGGUGAAGGCCAUGCAGCUGAUGACCAACUAUAUGAUAUUCCAAUACAGCGCCAGCAUCGUCAACAACAACAUUUACAACAACCAGAGGCAGAUGCAGCUGCAGUGGCAGAUGCAGAAUGCAGCGGCGUAUCCGCGGCGACGUCGACGCAUCAAUCCUGUCCGCGCCCUGGACGCCGCACAUCAGCGGGAGAUCAUCCGGCGAUAUGGCGGCAUCCAAAUGCUGAUCGCUCCGUUCUGGAAGCGAGCUGUGGCCGAGCUGGUGGACUCGCUGAUUCUGUCGAUAAUCAAAACAGUGCUGGCCUUUGUCAUCGCGUACAUGUUCGGCUUUGACCUGGAGAGCAGCCUGCUGAGCAGGUCCUUCAAGGACGAGAACCCGUUCAUGGCGCUCUUCGAUCUGUCGCUGGACAUCUUUUCGCUCUCCUACGAUCUGCUGCUCAUCAUCGUGCUGACCAAGCUGGUCGUCUGCGUCUACGAGUGCCUCUGGACGAUGUACAACGACGGCGCCACGCCGGGCAAGUGGCUAAUGAAGAUCCGAGUGGUCUAUGUGGAGGCCGUAAUGCCACUGCAGCGCCACGUGCCAGCCCAUUUCAUAUUCCAAACCCAGCCCCAUCCGCAGUGGGCCAUGCUCUACCCGUGCGAGACGCCCGGCCCCAUGAGGUCCCUGCUGCGCGCCCUCAUCAAGAACAUGGUCACGACCUUCUUAUUCCCCGUCUGCAUCAUCAUGAUUCUGCUCAAGAACAAUCGCACCACCUACGACUUUGUGACGAAAACAAUUGUUGUCGAAUCGAAUCCAAGCGAACCUCGGCGACGUCCCCUCUAG